CUUAUAUACCAGCUUUACUUAAUAAAGGUUCUUUUGAAUUAAAGCAUUUUAUCCAUUUCUUAAAACAAUGUGUUUGGACUUGAGAGAACGCCAAAGGGAAAAAAGGCAGUGCAAUAUAUUCUAUAUAAUUCUCUACGCUGGUUUUAUUAUAGGGUUCUGUGAAAUGUAAAUGAGCUUGUAACCAGCCAAUUGAGCCAAUGUUUCUCUUUGUUUCUGUUCAAUAAAUAUUUUAUAUUUGUGACCGAGCAUUAAGAUUUAAUCUUUAGGUGUCUCUGGUGCUUCUAAACCUGUAUGCCAACUGUAAGUAAGGCUUGUAGGUAAAAAUAUUACAAAUUGUAGCGCCUAUUUUCUAUAUUUCCUGGUUGCGAUUUGAACAAUUGACAACACACUUUUAGAGUCGUGAGGCUACGAUUAAAUAAUUCUGUAAAUAGUUUUUAUUUACAACCAAAUGGCACGAGAAAAAUAUAAUAAUAACAAAAACAUUUCCUAUCUUAUCCCACCUUACUAUAUUCUAACUGUAAUGGGGCAUCUAGGUGUCAAAACUUACAAAAAAAUUGUUGAUAUUCUAAUUUUCCCUAUUGCUUCUGUUAUAGCUUAAUCUCAGCCAAUAAUAGCAUAAGGGGUAUUACAAAAAAUACUGUCUCUCUUUCGAAUGUUGUAGCAAAAAGUAGGAACGAAUGAUGGAAUAUAGAGCGGGACGAUUGAGGUUUAAUCACGCUUAGUCUAAAACAUACGUGCGAGAAAUUAAGAUUAAAAAUCAACGUUAGGCUGUUCUAUUUUAUUCGGCUUUAUACCAAAGCAUUACUCUAAUUAGGGAAAAGACACCAUUCGUGCGCUGUGAAAGCUAGCGUUAAAAUUUACAAUUCCGAUAGUCGAAGUUUGACAAAUUAAUAAUUAACGAACGUUUUUUGGAACGUGUUUUCAGUCUUUUUUAUUUUAUUAAACAACAAAAUUACAUCCACAUAUCAUCACGAUUCCAAAUGAGAGGUGCAAAGUGUUCAAAACACGAUUAGCAAAUAUGGGAUUUCGGUGCUAACAGUAUCCAAUCUUUAUACCCAACAGAAUUAUAUAUAAUUCUUUAGUGCAAACCUUUGAUAAAUGUUGUUAGGGGUUCGUGUGUAGACAGAUCGUUGACGUGGACGUCGCCACAUUGAUUGGGAGAGAAUUUGCAGCUUAAUUCUGUUAGGCUUAGUUCCAAGCUAUUACUGACUGAUUAGAAUUGAAAAUGGCUUUAAUAUUGUUGUAAAACUGCUUUUCGAUUGAUGAAAACAUAGCAGUCGUGUCUGUCAGAAUCCAUAAAGGCGUAAGAACAGUUUUAGGCGGGCCUAAAUAGCUACACUCGAUUUUUUCGUUAAGUUUGAAAUAUUACACGUUUCUUUAUAAGCAGCUUAGAGAAAAAGUCUCUGAAUCAAUAGAUAUAGUGAAGAGUUUUUACAAUGCUGUCAAUAAUGCCAUUUACUGUUUACUAGCGAAUAAGUGAACUGCCGAAGCAGCUCAUAUGUUUUUGGUCCCGUGGGGCUUCCUUUAUCUUAAGUGAGAGACUGUGUAACAUGGUAUAUUGGCGCAAGUAUUUUGUUUAAAUAUUCUAUCGAUUUUUUUCAUACGGAUUUAUUGUCGGUAAAAACGAAAUUUCAUCUUCGGUUGAACGCGCAGCAGGAUCGCUGUUACUUGGCUGUUUGUUGGUUAAAAGUGUUCUUUACAGAUUCUCGCAUAUCAAGGUAGAGUUUGGCAGCGACUCAUUCAUUAUUUACCACUAAGACUGCACCACAUGCAUUGGUUAGACUUACUGUUAUCAGUAACGCUACACCAGGCAGGCUUUAAAGGAACCACUGUACUAAUUCACUAAGUAACAGGCUUUCAAGUCGAGUAUUUCAAGAAAGCAGUAGCAUAUACUGAUAAAUGGUGAUUUUUUGCCGUUUUGUGACAGAAGUCGUAUACUCUUUAAAUAAUGAUUUUUAUGGUCAUACCCAAAGCGAAGCUGUAGAUGUUUUGAUAUUGUAGGAAACCAGGUGAAGCAAUUGGACAAGUUCCUGCUCUUCAAAAUGACAACUUAAACAAUCAACAAGCAAAACAACACCAUGAAGAAGCAAACGGCUAUUUAACGCCCAUACACUAUAUUAUCAUCGUUCUUAUGUUCUAUAUGGGCGGACUGACAGUUUUAAUUAUCAAAUAUGUACAGAGCGAAAACGAAGAGGCAAGAUACGAACAAUACUACGUAGAAUACGUAAAGAGGUCCAAAUUCAAUCGCCCACAUUUAAUGAAACAAAUUCGCAGCCCCACCGAAGACCGACCAACCAACGUCGCAAUAUCAACCAGACUGACAGAAAACGCGUCAUUUUUUCAUCUUCCGAGUGACGACCGUGAAGAGGCAAUUCCGUUGAAUACAGAACGUCGCAACAGGGAAUCAUCGAUGAAAAAUGGCAGAUCUACUGUAUUUGUCCAUUCAGAUUUUUAUAAAUCCAACUGCAAAGCUGCGGCUGGAAACAAGGAUUUGAAAGAAUGUAGCUUAAGUCGAAAUUUGAAAAGUACAUGUAAAGUUAAUGCCAUAGACCUAACAGAACUCAGUACUGAUCAGUAUAAGCACUGCAACUGUCGGGAUUGCAUGCUUACUUGUGGAUCCAACGUUACAUCCUUUACAGUACCGGCGCCGCGACGUGAUGCUAAGCGUCCCGACAGUAUUCCCCUAAACACAAUCAAUCUGCCUGAUGGAAAUGGCGUGACAUCCGAAUAUCAGAAUUCGUGGGACGAUUACCAGUUCACCCCCGAAGCUGUCAAUGCGUUAGCUAAUGCAAAGACGUCGCACGUUUAAUGAUUGGACCAUAGUUAGAAUACUAAGGUUAGGUUUUAAAUGCAAUAUCCAUAAUUUUGUAUAUAUAUACAUGUUUAUCAGUAACUGCAAACAAUAUGUAACGGGAUUUCAUGUUUCGAAAGUGAACACUGAAAUUUUGUAAUUAUUUGACAUUGAUUUGUGUAUUUGCCAAUUUCGUUUCGAAAUCCAGUCUUGUCUUUAGCUUUAUAUAUAUUUACUAUACGUAUGCUCCAACAUAUUGUGCAAAUACAAAUCUACAUGUCUGUGUUCUGCGAUAACAAACCAACGAUAUCAGUAAAGAUAUCAGACAAUACAGUCGAUGAUUGGCUUGUAUACGUGUAUUGUUUCAAAAUGCAGCGGUAACUUGAUGCGCAAUCCGUACGUCAGUAUGUUCUGUGAACCAAACACAAAUCUAUUGACCAGCCGCGUUUGUUUUCCUGAAUUACCUGUUCAAAUAAAACCACGUGAUCUCCAC